AUGGCAUCCAAUCAGGACACAAAACCGUUCAAGGUUCUCAUAGCUGGUGGCAGUCUCGUAGGUCUUGGCCUAGCCCUAGCCUUUGAGCGUGCCGGGAUCGACUACGAGCUUUUCGAGAAGGGAGACUUCGCAACGCAACUAGGGGCUUCUAUCGGAAUCCAUCCACACACCAUAAGGAUUCUAGAGCAGCUAGGAGUAUGGAAAGAUAUCGAGAAACAGGUUGUACCUCUGAAGGGUCGCAACCAUUACGAUGGAAACGGUCAUUGCUUCGAGGAGUCACAUGUGCUGGAAGACAUCAAUGAAAUCCUUCAACGUCCCAUUGUCUUCGUUGAGCGAUGCAAAGCUCUAGAAGCACUACAUAGCCACGUGAGAGACAAAUCAAAGCUGCAUGCUCAAACGGCCGUCGUUGGAUACGAAGAGACCGCACAUGGUGUUACCGUCACCGCUGAAAAUGGCGAGCAGUACCACGGCCAUAUGCUCAUCGGCGCGGACGGAAUCCACAGCAAAGUGAGGAAGCUGAUGGCCGACAAAAUCAGCGUGACGGAUCAGUCUCUCGCAAAAGAAAUUAAUGAGGGGUUCACAAGCGAGUACAACUGCAUCUUUGCUGUUUCUCGGAACGAUCAGUUUCUGCCUGAUUCGAUGGUCCAUAACGUGUACUACGACGACUACUCAUCAGUUGCAGCUACUGGUGUGCAUGGCCUUGUGUUCUGGUUUCUUUUCGUCAAGGCUUCCAAACUUACGAGAACUCCUAACUGCCCGCGCUUCACCGACGAGGACGCAGAGAAAACCAUCCAGAAAUAUGGAAGCUCUCUAGUAGGCCCGGGGUAUACUGUGAAGGAUCUUUGGGAUGCCCGUGUCAAAGGCACAAUGGUACCCUUGGAAGAAGGUGUUCUCAAAAAGUGGAGUCAUAACCGGGUGGUUUUGAUGGGUGAUUCAGUUCAUAAGUCUACAGUCAAUCCUGGAUUAGGUGGCAACCUGGCCUAUGAAGGUGUCGCUCGAUUGACCAACGGUCUCGUGCCAUUAUUAAAAGAGAGCCCUAUGCCAUCCCUUGAGCAGUUGACAGAGGUUUUCAAUGACUAUAUUGCUGGUCAGAAACCUCGAGCAGAAACGGUCGUUGAUGUUUCCGGUCAGAUUACGCGUUAUGAAGCCCAAAAAAGCUGGAUUCUCAAAUUUGCUGCCCGUCACAUUGUUCCCUGGGUCAGUGACAGACUCAAGGCCAAAUUAUACGCCAGUUUCUCGAGAGGCGGCCCCUGCUUGGAUUAUCUCCCACUACCUGCGAUGGACGCAGGUCUAGUGAAGCCUGCGAAGCCCGCGAAGACGCCGAGCGCUGGCAUUUCCCCAAGGCUGAUGACCUUCAUGGGCAUGGGCGGGACUGCUGCUAUUUUAUGGCACAUGAAUAGCCAGAACGCUUUGCUUCCCACAUUCUCAUCAUUCAUGAAAUAG